AUGGUGUUCCGUGCUCCUAGCUGGGCUGCGCCUAUUUCGGUUCUGGACUCUAUACCUCUUUGUGAAUUUAUCCUCGAUGAACAACACGGACGGGCGCUCUUUGCUGAAUCUAAAACCCCAUUCCUUCCAGGCUCAGGAGAUAGCUAUACUGCAGUUGAAGUACGCAACAGAGUAGAGCAUCUCGCGAAGUCUUUGUCCCAACAACUAGGAUGGCACCCGAAUCAAGGGUCUGAGUGGAAUAAGGUGGUUGGCAUAUUUUCGCUAAACACGGCUGAUUACCUACCACUUGGGUGGGCUGUUCAUCGACUAUCGGGAAUAGCAGCAUUGGCAAAUCCAACGUCCUCCACAGAGGAACUUAUACAGUUCCUUAGAGAAUCGAAGGCCGUUGCAUUAUUCACAUGCACAUCCCUUCUCGCUACGGCAGUGACAGCCGCAGAGAGCUGUGGAAUUCCUAGGGAGCAUGUGUAUCUCCUAGACACGCCUGGGGAGGAGGCGACCAAAACCUCUGACCCCCAAAAAUUCACUACGGUAUCCCAGCUGAUUGACAGUGGCUCAAAUCUGGAUGAAAUUGAGCCAUUACGGUGGGAAAAGGGACAGGGUACCCAGCAAUGCGCUUAUUUGUGUGUCACCAGUGGGACAUUUGGGUCGCGGAAAGGAGUUAUGAUUUCGCAUCAGAAUAUGAUUGCCCAGAUCCUAUUGCUUCAGGCGUUUGGGGAAUCCGGCCGGGAGAACGACCAGAAAGAUAUAAUUGCAGGGCCAGUGCUAUUUAGCCACAUAUACGGCCUUGUAGUCGCCAACGCUGCUGCAUAUCAGGGGGAGUCCGUGGUUGUCUCGCCCAGGUUCGAAGUUGAUGGCCUAUUUCAAGCGAUCCAGGAAUACCAGAUAACCACCGUAUAUCUCGUUCCCCCAAUGUUGAUCAAACUCGUCGAAAAUGAAGAGCUCAUGGGGAAGUUUGACCUCAGUAGUAUUCGCCAGAUCAUUGUCGGGGGUGCUCCGCUGCUACCUGAGAUCGUGGAGGAUCUACAUGCGAUACAACCAAAAUGGAAUCUUAGACAAGCUUAUGGACUUACCGAAAUGACUGGGGUUGUCACGAUCACUGGUACACACGAUAUAUAUAUUGGGUCCUCAGGGCCAAUGUCCUCAUUGCUUGAAGCACGGUUGGUAUCUUCAGACGGAGUCGACAUAACGAAUCACAAUGAGCCCGGUGAGCUAUGGUUGAAGGGCCCAACAGUCGCCUUGGGGUAUCUUCAUAAUGAACCGGCGACAAAAGAGGUAUUUCAAAAUAAUUGGCUCCGAACAGGAGAUGAGGCCAUGUUCAGACCCAAUGAGAAUGGUGAUGAUCAUGUUUUCAUCAUUGAUCGGGUUACGGAGCUCAUAAAUGUCAAGGGCUUUCGAGUCGCCCCCGCUGAGCUGGAAGCACUCCUUGUCACACAUCCAGUAAUUGCUGAUGCAGCCGUCAUUGGCGUGGAGGAUGACAAUGGUCUAAAAGUGCCGAAAGCGUUUGUAGUGAGAGAACCAGGAGUGACAACCGAAGAUAAUCUACUGAUGAGUGAUAUCAAACAUUAUGUUGAAACCCACAAAGCCUUCUACAAGUGGCUUUCUGGCGGCGUCGAAUUCAUUGAAGAAAUUCCGAGGGGUACCAGUGGAAAGAUAUUAAGGAGGCAUCUUAGGGACCGUGAAGAGUUGAACUAG